UUUAUUUUCUUUCAUAAGAAAUCGGAACUUCUUCUUCGGAUAUGAUCGUGUUUGAUCUAAUCAAGUUAAUUGUUUCUGUUUUCAAAAUUUCGAGUACAAUGCAAGCCCUUUAAAUAUAAAUUUUAAAAUCUUAGUUAAAUAUAUUUAAUAUUUGAGUAAUGGAAUCAUUUUGUUAUGAUAAGCCCCACAAGUACCUAAGGGCAAGUACAAUUUUUGAUGAUGAAUCAGUUGAAUCUCAUCCUAUAGAAAUGGCUCAAAGAGCUCCGAGAGUUAGAUCGACCUCUGUGACUUCCCGUUUCUAUGAUACAGAAAUAUUAGAUCAAAAUGUGCAAACCUUCAUUGAUACAGCUUCUAGUAUGGAGCAAAAAAAUAUCAUUACAAGCAUCAAGCAGUCAAGGCAUCUACCACUUUGGGCAUGGCAUGUCAUUGCUAAGUGUCAUGGUAUCCCCCUGGAAAGAAAAUCUAAGCCUAUCUUAGGGACAAUUUUACAUGGUUUGACAUUUGCUGGAGCUCUCACUUUCGCCAUUUCAUAUACUUGGUAUGUGGCUUAUGACAUAAUUUCACCAAAUACUCCACGAGACAUACCUGGUGGAUCAGUGAGUGUUCUGCUGGUUUACUUUUGGUGCGGAUUUGGGUUUUAUUGCAAGGAUUUAAGCAGUCGCCUUUUUCUGCAUUCAAGAUUUAUCAAAGAUGUACGCCUGCAUUCUCGAACUGUAUUUAAAAUGAAUGGUGCUUUUGUGAUUUUUAUUAUAGGCAUAUUUUUUACUGCUGCCAACAUUGUUGAAUGUUUAGGUUGGUUUGCCGGUGAAGACUGUCAAAAAAUUUCUCUCGAACCUUUAGUGUGCCAUAUCAUGAGUGCCUCCAGCAUUGUGUUUUCAGUGUUUACAUUAGUGUGGCAUUGCUUAGUGUCCUUUAUAUUCAUGUCCGUGUGCCGUACUCAUACCAUUGGAUUAAGAAGGUUUAUUAAAGAAAUUGAAUAUGAUGCUUCAGUAAUUGAACACCAUUUGUCGUUUUCUCACAGAUUCCCGUCAAUGAAUCAAGAAGAUAUUUGGCAAGAAUCAUUAUGGAUUGCAGAGGAUGAGAACGAUGAAGAAUAUGUAGCUUAUAUACCCACGUCAAAAAGAACAGCAGGUCUUACAGCAGACCAAAACUUAGUACCUAGAACAGCCACUUCAAAUAAUCAACAUCUAAAUCAGUCUGAAGAAAUUAAUGUGAUAUUCUCUCCAAUAACUCAGGGAAUUCAAAAUGAAGUUUACUUAAAUGCUCAGCAUAAUGAUAUUAAUUUACAAGAAGAUCAGGAUUAUGCUUCUAAUUCUAAAAGAGUGGAUAAGAGAAGUGAUUCAUCAAUGCAAGUUGCAGCUGUUCCACAUGCCAUGACAAGUGAUUUACUUAUGCAUCAUUUUUGGAAAUUAAAUUGUAGAUUGAGGUUUUCAUCAUAUGCCCUUCAACGUUGGUAUGCUAGUUUUGGUGCUCUUGUUCUCUUACGGUGUUCCACGUAUCUUGUACAUUGGCUAAGACAUGCAGCUACAAUAUUUGAUAUGCUUCAGUUUAUCCUUCCUCUUAUUAUAUUAGUCGUAUUAUCGACUGCUAUAGCAGAAGUUAAUUUUGAAGGACAAAGAGUUUUGAGGAGUGUGUAUCCAAAAGAAGAAAGAAUCAGGCUUUUACAAUACAUGGCUUUAAAUCCUCUUCAAAUGUCUAUUUACGGAUUUGGGAUGACUCACGGGACUAUCGUCACUGUUGUAUUUGCCAUGCUAGUGGGUUUUGUUACAAAAAUUAUCAUUACAGAAAUGACUAAGUGAUGCUCGUUUUGUAUACAAAUGGAUGACUGCAUUUUAAAUGUUUGUAAUUUGUCAUUCCAUGGCUAUGUGAUAAAAACAUUUCUUGCAAUUAAUAAUUUUGUUGAGCACCAAGGAAUAAUAGAUUGAACUAGAAAAUGUAUUUAUUUAAUUUUAUCUCUUUAUUUAAGUGUUGUUUAUUAUUCAUAUGUUUUUUCUAUCAAAGAUUUGAUAAGUGAGUGAAAACUGUAUGCUUUUGUUUGUUGUUGUAAUGCAUACACAAAAAGUGACAGAAAUAAUAAGUUGUAAUGCUGUGAAUGGAAUAUCAUUAUAAGAGCUCAAUAUAAUUGAAUCUCAAUUUCAAAACUUUAUGGAACCAUUUUAAACUAAUGAUAGUUUUAAAUAGUUUAAAAUAAUGUUAGUUUUAAACUAAUGAUACUUUUUACCAUUUAUUUUUGUCAUGAUAACUGAAUUUUAGAAAUUAAAAUUCUUUUUAACACCAACGAAACAUAUAUAUUAUGUAUCUAUAUGUAUAUAAUCAGUGUAAAGUAUUCAUUUAACUUCCAUUGUGCAAAGUUUUACUGUAUUUAGAAGCUCAAAGAUAAGAUUAUGUCAAAAAAAUGCUUUACUUAACUACUACUAUUUUUUAUUAUUAUUAUUCUGAAUAAUUAUGAAAAUGAGAACUUAGACGCGUAGAACAUCAAUGCAAAUUGCAUUUAUUGAGCAUUAGAUUUAGAAGUUCAUGUGAAUGCCAGGGUUGCAAAAAAGCUGGCUUAUUUUUAUUAAAAAGUCAUACUUUUAUUUAAAAUAGCUCACCUUUAUUGGCUUUUUAAUAUUUUAUUUUUCAAAAUUAACGUAUAUGUAUUUAAAUUUAAAUACAAACAGCAUACAUGUAUUAACAAAAUUAGCAUAUGUGUAUUAAUAUUUCACACUAUUACAGUUAAAAGUCCCUUAUCCGGACUUCUGUUUACCAGAAACAACUAUUUUCUGGGCAAUUUUUAACAAUUAAAGUAAACAAAUAUAUUUUCUUUUAAAGGAAAAUCUUUUUUACUCUUGUUUAAAAAAAGUGCUAGUAAAAAAUAUUUUUUCUUAUUUCUUGCUGCUUUAUCGACAGCUAAACAUUUAUUCUACUUCAAUAAGCACACUAAAAGAGUUGUUAAAAGGAUACUGAACAGUAUUAACAUAAAACAUCAAUUCUCUUUCUUGUUUUGUAUUAUUUUUUUGUUAAAUCAGAAUAAUUAACUUUUGGAAUUUGAGGUUCCUUUUAUAAUGUUAUUCUUAUCUGAUUAUCUAUGCUAAAAAUUCUUGUCAUUAAAUGGAGGGAGGGAAUCUGUGUUUAUUUAUGAAAGAGAAAGUUUAAAUCAUCGUUUACUCACUUUAAUUUAUUUAUUCCUUUUUGUUUAUGCAUAUUUUAUUGCACUUAACAAUCUUUAUUUAUUUGACAUUUGUCCUAUAAUAAAAUGUUUUAUGAAAUUGACAUUAAUUAUCGUCUAUUUGCUAUUUUUAUUGAAUAACGCUUGUGUUGAUAUUUGUUUACCUUUAAGAUCUAAUGUCUGAGUCGCAUCGAUUUCGAAUAUGGGAUUUUCCACUGUAUUAAUAAUAGUUUUCUUUUUUAAGGUUGGGCAAUUUAAGGUUAGCACUACACUUAUUGAAUCUGUUAAAGCAUAGAAAUAUUAAUUAUAUACAUUAUAUUUUUGUUAAUAAAUUUUUAAACUUUCUGGUAGUUGUACAACUUUAUGCAUUAAAUGGAUUGUGCACUAAAUCUUUUUUUAAAAUUGUUGCCCAGUUUUUAUCUCUUUUUAUAAUAUUUCAAAGACAUAAUCAGAUUUUAUUUUUGAGAAGCUAAGAAUUCUAAACUAUAUUAUAGCUGGAACACAUUUAAAGUUAAUUUUAUUAAUGUUUUUAACAAACCUUCACCUUGAAAUAUUUCCUCAUAAAAGCUUGAACAUUAACAGAUCAGAAAUUUGAACAGAUUGAAAAGCAUAAGCAGAGCGAAAUAUCUUAGCAUGUUUCUAUUAUGUUCAUUUAUUUGCAUUUUAAAAAUAGGGGCAGUCCUUUUUUUAAACUAUGUACUGUAUGCCAUUUCACUGCAGUUUACAAGUUGCAGAGCCAUCAACUACUUCUUCCAUACUUGUUAUGCUAUUGUAGCAUUACAACAUUGACAUUUUUUAUUCUUUAUAAAAAAAAAUUUAAACAAAAUUUUGUCUGUGAUAUUUGUCUAAACAUGUUUGUUGAGAUCUAAUCAUUUUCUAAAAUAAAUAAAUUCUGUGUUCAUUUGUUAUAUGUUUUUAGAGCUGGUCCUCUGAGUGCAAGUCCUGGCUAUUUCCAAACUUUUAACUGCAAGAUUUCUUGCAUCGAAAGCCGGUUACCCCUGUUAUUCAAUGGGAGAGAAGAAAAAAAUCUCAAAACUUUAAAAAAUUUAAUGCAGUCUGAAAUAUUUGUAUAUUUUUCCUUUUAAAAAAAUAUUUUAGAAUUUCAUAGAAUCUACAAAAUUAGUGAUAUUUUCAUGUUGCAAUAAAAUUUUAGAUGAUUUUUUUAGGCCAUGGAAAUUAAAGCACCUCAAUUUUGCGACCAUGAUUAGGGUAAUGUGGUCAGCAUUUUGAACAGCAUUUUAUUCCUAGACAAGUUUGUAUACAUUGAAGCUGGGUGAGCUUCAAACUGUCCUGAAGAUUAAACCCUAGUCUUUUGCAAAGCUUAGUCAGCUAUGGUGAUCCUUAGAAAUCUUCUUUCUUACAUAGCAAAAAACCAGUUUGCUAUGUUGUGAUCUGUUUAACAUUUUUAUAAAAGAAAAAGCCAUGGAUCUUACUACUUUUUUUUUCCAUUUGUUAUUUAAAAAAGGUUUUUAUUGUUUAACAAAAUCUACCCAGGCAGCAUUAAUUAAUUUUAUAAACUGUUAAUUAUUUUUUAAAAAAAAUGUGUAAAGAUGGUUAGAUUGAUGUACAUAUAAACAAAGUAUUAUUUAAUAAUUAGUUUGUGAAGUUUUAAGAUGUUUACUAAGCAUAUAUUGGCUGUUAAAAUGCAAUAAACAAAUUUAUGAAAAAAAUGAUCGAAAUAAAUUUUAAAAUGAAUAAAAUAUUUUUUUAAAAAUAUACUAUGAAUUCCAUUUUUUACUUAAUACAUUUACAGUAUUUCUGAGUAACUCUUUGCGCGUUUUUACCAAAGUGUACAUUCUGUUACAAUAUUUUACAAUUUUGACUGUAAAAAAAUUGUUAUGAAUUUUAAUAAAUAUUUUUAGCUACA